CGCCGGUUCGUGAAAAGAUACCAAAAUGCACCUGAAUUUCGCCUUCCCGCUCACUGCCACGAUCCUCGAAAUUUAAGCGCCUUCUAUAAAUACCCACUCCCACCACUCCCAUUUCUCUCCUGCGCAAUCUUUUUGUUCCCAAAAUCUUCUUCAACUUAUUAUUUCUGCGCCACCUCCUCCGCCGCAACAGCCUGUGCUGCCACCAUGGCUGGCAAGCGAAAGUCAUCCGCUGGCUCGGGAUCUCGCUCAUCCAACAGGAAAAAGACGGAUCUGAAGAUUGAGGCAGCUGAAGAAGCUGAACAAGCUGCUUCGACUGUCGUCAAAGAGGAGGAAAUGAAUGACGCAGGAUUUGUUGCUUCAUUGAAGGCGGACGACGCCGGUGGCGAUGAAGAAGGACCUGAUGCGGUGUUCGUCGGAGAUCCGGUUCCCAACGAGGAGGCUAGGAGGCGUUGGCCUAAGCGGUAUGAGAAGGCAAAAGAAUCUGCUGGGACAAAAUCAAAGAGUGACAGUGACGAGGAAAUCAGACUUGCUCGGCGUCACUACACUCAGGCAAAAGUAGAUGGGUGUACCCUUUACAAGCUUUAUGAUGACGCUCAUGUCAAGGCAGGGGAAGGUGAAGACAAUUAUAUUUGUAAAAUUGUUGAGAUGUUUGAGGCAGUUGAUGGAACAUUGUAUUUCACAGCACAAUGGUAUUAUAGGGCAAAGGAUACUGUUGUUAAAGAUCUUGAUUACCUUAUUGAGCCAAACCGAGUUUUCUUUUCAGAGGUUCAAGAUGACAACCCAUUGGAUUGUCUUGUUGCAAAGUUAAACAUUGCUAGAAUACCUCUAGAUGUUGAUUUGGAUGCAAAGAAGAGAACAAUUCCACCUUGUGAUUAUUAUUGUGAUACACUAUAUCUUUUGCCAUACUCGACCUUUGUUAAUUUGCCUGCAGCAACAAUAUCUUCAGAUAUUGAUGUAAAUGGAAGAUCAGAAGUAAACUCUGAACACGUGGAAGGUGUUAAUCAUGAAGUUAAUAAAGAACCAGAGCUUAGAGUAUUAGAUUUAUAUUCUGGUUGUGGAGCAAUGUCAACUGGUUUGUGCCUUGGUGGCAUUUUGUCUGGCUUGAACCUUGUUACAAAAUGGGCAGUGGACUUGAAUGAACAUGCUUGUGAAAGUCUUAGGUUAAAUCAUCCUGAGACACAGGUCAGAAAUGAAUCAGCAGAAAAUUUCCUUUCGUUAUUGAAGGAGUGGGAAAAGCUAUGUAGUUACUUCUCGUUGGUCCAAAGCAAAGUGGCACAUGAGCAGUAUGAUGAAGUUUUUAGUGCAGUAGAUGAUGAUGAUGCGAGUAGUGAAGAAGAGAAUGACGAUGGAGCAGAUGAAGAAGUGUUUGAAGUUUUUGAAGUGUUAGAUAUAUGCUAUGGUGAUCCCAAUAACAAAAAUGAGCAAGGAUUACACUUUAAGGUUCGUUGGAAGGGUUAUGGACCUGAUGAAGACACUUGGGAGCCAAUUUCUGGCUUAAGUAAUUGCCGGGAAAGGAUAAAGGAAUUUGUUACUCGUGGCUUUAAGUCAAAGAUGUUACCUUUGCCUGGAGAUGCUGAUGUAAUAUGUGGUGGGCCUCCUUGCCAAGGCAUCAGUGGUUUCAACCGGUUUCGAAACAAAGAUAACCCAUUGGAUGAUGAGAAAAACAAGCAGCUUAUUGUUUUCAUGGAUACUGUUCAAUAUCUUCAACCUAGAUUUUCCUUGAUGGAAAAUGUGGUUGAUUUAUUGAAAUUUGCAAAAGGCUUUCUUGGAAGAUAUGCAUUGGCUCGUCUUCUUCAAAUGAAUUAUCAGAGUCGCUUGGGAAUCCUGGCAGCUGGAGCUUAUGGCUUGCCUCAAUUUCGACUGCGAGUGUUUUUAUGGGGUGCUAAACCUUCUGAGAAGCUGCCUCAAUUCCCUCUUCCAACUCAUGAUGUUAUUGUCAGGGGUGUUAUUCCUUUAGAAUUUGAGAUAAAUACAGUUGCACAUGAUGAAGGUCACCAUAUUAUAUUGGAAAAAAAACUUUUGUUGGAAGAUGCUAUUUCUGACCUUCCUUUGAUUGAGAAUGAUGAAAGUCGGGAUGAGAUGCCAUAUGACAAACCUGCGAAGACGGACUUCCAACAGUUUAUUAGAUUAAGCAAGAGUGCAAUGUUGGGUCUUUCACGAAGUUCAAAAUCAUUAAAGUCUUUGCUUCAUGAUCAUCGUCCGUUUGGAUUGAAUGGAGAUGAUUACCAGCGUGCAUGUCGGAUCCCCAAGAAAAAGGGUGCAUGCUUUAGAGAUUUACCAGGAGUUCGAGUGCGACCUGAUAAUAAAGUGGAAUGGGAUCCUAAUGUUAAACGAGUAUAUUUGGAUUCUGGAAAACCAUUGGUUCCAGAUUAUGCCAUGACUUUUGUGAAAGGAACAUCAUCAAAACCUUUUGCUCGCUUGUGGUGGGAUGAAACUGUUCCAACUGUUGUGACUAGGCCAGAACCUCAUAAUCAUGCAAUUUUACACCCUGAGCAAGAUAGAGUGUUGUCAAUUCGUGAAAAUGCAAGGCUUCAAGGUUUUCCAGACUUUUACAAACUCUGUGGACCUGUGAAAGAAAGGUACAUACAAGUUGGGAAUGCUGUUGCAGUUCCAGUAGCACGAGCUCUGGGAUAUACACUUGGUCUUGCAUUUCAAGGUUCUACAACUGAUGGGCCUUUGUAUAAAUUACCUGAAAAAUUUCCCAUGAUUAGGGAACGUGUUUCUUCUGUAUCAUCUGAAGAUGUUGAAUGAAUUCAGUUUUUAUUGUUGUAUUUUUAUGACAAAUUAAGGAUUCAUCACAUCCUUCAAAGGAGGAAUUGUAUUUAAAAAGGGCUAUAGGAUGAUUCUGAUCUUCCAGCCUAGAAUUGCAUGAUAUGCUGUAUUGAAGAUAUGAUAUGUAUUGGUAAAUUAAAGCAAUUGAUUGUCCAAUGGACUACAAGCAAGAAACUCGGCUACGCAAGCCACCAAUAUUACAUUUUCUAGUUAA